AGGCGUGGGCAGGCUUACUCCAGUGUUGGAGAAGGGGUGGUAACACGUUGAUGCUGCUGAGUUUUCUCCGGCAGCGGUCGCAGGCGGCUGAAGAAGUUGGACUGAAAUUGCAAACGCUUCGUUCCGCGGCACUUAGCAGCGAAACUCUGGCAAGAGAAGCAGCAGGUGAAAUUUGAAAAAAACAAAACAAAACAAAAAAACCCACACCAAAAAUCCCAAACUCAACACGACACCACUUGAUCAUGGGAAAAUCAGCUUCCAAACAAUUUGCUGAAGAAGUCUUGAAAGCACACAAUGACUACAGGAAGAAACACGGAGUCCCCCCAUUAAAACUCUGCAAGAAGCUAAACAGAGGAGCCCAACAGUAUGCAGAAGAACUGGCUUCCACAAGGGUCCUCAAACACAGCUCUGAGUCUGCCAAUGGAAAAUGUGGAGAAAACCUAGCAUGGGCAUCCUAUGACCAACCAGGAAAGGAUGUGGCUGACAGAUGGUACAGUGAAAUAAAGAAUUACAGCUUUCAAAACCCAGGGUUUUCUUCAGGGACAGGUCACUUCACAGCAAUGGUCUGGAAGAACACAAAAAAGAUGGGAGUCGGAAAAGCAUCUGCUAGUGAUGGCUCAACAUUUGUGGUGGCUAGAUAUGAUCCAGCUGGAAAUGUAGUAAAUCCAGGCUAUUAUGAAGAAAAUGUCCUUCCUCCAAGAAAAUAACUUUUUUUUUUUUGUAAGGUAGUCUUAUUACUUAAUGACAAGUGAACCUGGAUUUGGACUUUACGGUGUUUAGAAUGAAGUAGGAUUCAGUGAAAUUUCCUGUUGGAUACUGCCAUUCACUUCUCAUGAUAGAGGAAGCAAUUCAUGUUGCUUAAUGUGAUCUGCACAUUAGGUCCCUGUUGUUUCUGACGGGGCUUCAGUUUAUGCAAGGAGGAAGUAUAUGCAGCAUUUCUGAGGGGUAAAAUUUAUAAGGGUUUCUUUUUUUAUUUUUUUUUUUAAUAGUUUGCAUGAAUUCUGUGUCGGCAUGUGAGUAAGCACAUGUCGGAUGUCUCUUUUUAAGCAGGCACAUUUAUAGCUUUCUGUAAACUGAAGACACCAGCUUGGAAUUAAAUCACGUACUCCCAGUUUUCCAGUAUUUUUAAAUAAUUGUAAAUUCUUUGCUCUGUCUAUAUCUCCUGCUGCUAUGGGGCCUACUCUCUGCAGAUGGAGCAUACGCAAAACUUCCCGUAUGAAAGGUACAUGUGGAAAAAAAGUAGUGGCAUUCAGACCUGUAGUUUUUUUGUUAAGAGGAUCUCACAGAACACUAAAAUGUCGCCGGCAAAAUGGUAUCUGUCAAGCAAGCUAUAACUGAUGCAUGGCCUGAAAACUACUAAAAAUUUGUAAAUCCUAGCCUUGCAUUUUUAGGUGCUAAUCUUUAAAAUCUCUUUGAGAUGAGUGUACUUCAAGUUGAACCCUCAUUAUACCGUUUACAGUAUGUACAUUGUCUUAUAAUCAAAUAAUUUACUUCAGUUACAAGAAGGCAAGAUACUGCCUUUCCUCUUAGAUACUUAAAAGUUUCCUGGAUGGAGCACAUUGGAUUUUAUUUCUCAGUAACUUAUUUUUAUUUCCUAGGGAAUAUCUUCUGCAGGUGUCAUGCUAUACAGACAAUAACAUUCCCAAAUCAUCUCGUCUCCUUUAAUAAUGUCACUGUAAGAGGUGCUCACUUCAUCAUAAUUAAGAGAUGUUUACUCUUUGUUCAUAUCGUUAAGUAAUAACAAAAAUGUUUUGUGUACUGGAUUGAUGCCUUGAAAAAAUUCAGAUUGAAUUUCCUUAAAAGCAGCCAAGCAAACAUUCUGAGAACAUUUUUUUCUCCUCUGAAAUGCAGAUUGGUCCAUUUUGGGCAGGUUCAUAUACUGUGUGCUUCAACGUGGGGUUUUCUUUUCUUUGUAAAUGUUUCUUUUGACUUCUGCUGAGAUUUUGUGUGCCAGAAUUGGGUUCAUGAAGAGUGCCAUUACAGAAAUACCUGGUUUUGUUUACACAGUUUAUUUUACACAGUUGUAAUAAACUGCACUGUUACGGCUUGAUUAUAUGUCACUGUGAUGCUGUAUGUUACAAUCUUUUUGCUGCAACCAAGAAUUUAACACAACUAUUGAACAUCCAAAAAUUAAAUCUUUUUUAUUAUGAACUA